AUGUUGCGUUCAUCCUUUGGGGUAGGCAAAGGCCGCUUGCCGGCCUUGAGGCAGCCGGUCUCUGGUCGAUGGUUGAACCCAAGAAGCUCUAUCCUUGGCUCGAAUCAGUUCCGAAGAAACGCUUCGUCUGUGACUAGUCUUGAGAGCUACCCCAGCGUGGGUGAGAGUCUUCACGGAUUCACCGUGCAAGAAAAGAAGCAUGUUCCAGAGCUACACCUAACGGCAGUCCGACUAAAACAUGACAAGACGGAUGCCGAUUACCUCCAUGUGGCAAGGGAGGACAAGAACAAUGUCUUCGGUGUUGGAUUCAAAACGAAUCCCCCAGAUGCGACUGGCGUGCCUCACAUUUUGGAACAUACGACCUUAUGUGGAAGUGAAAAAUAUCCGAUUCGUGAUCCUUUCUUCAAGAUGCUCCCCCGAUCGCUUUCCAACUUCAUGAACGCCUUUACUGCCUCGGACCACACGACGUAUCCAUUUGCCACGACCAAUCAGCACGACUUCCAAAACCUUCUCUCCGUCUACCUAGAUGCGACCUUUCACCCUUUGCUUAAGGAGGAAGAUUUCCGACAGGAAGGCUGGCGCCUGGGCCCAGAGGAUGCGCGUGCGGUGGAAACCAAGGACGGAAAAGCCGAGGACGUCUUGUUUAAAGGUGUCGUGUAUAAUGAAAUGAAGGGUCAGAUCUCCGACGCAAACUAUCUCUACUAUAUCAAGUACCGGGAAAACAUCUUCCCUGCCAUCAACAAUUCCGGAGGUGAUCCCCAAUAUAUCACGGAUCUCACGCACAAGCAACUCGUGGACUUCUCCAAGCGGAACUACCACCCGAGCAACGCCAAAAUUUUGACCUACGGGGACAUGCCCCUAACCGGUCAUCUUCAGCAGAUUGGUGAGGUGCUUGACGGCUUCAAUAAAGGGGAGGCCGACAAGUCUGUCAAGAACCCCAUUGAUCUUACCCGGGGCCCUCAAAAUGUUACUGUCCCCGGACCCAUCGACACGUUCUCCAGCGAAGACAAGCAGUUCAAGACCUCGACCUCAUGGUACAUGGGUGAUACCACCGAUGUUGUCGAGACUUUUUCUGCUGGAAUCCUGUCUUCUUUGCUGCUGGAUGGCUAUGGCUCGCCCAUGUAUCGAGCUCUGAUUGAGAGUGGUCUGGGCUCCUCGUUCACCCCCAACACAGGGCUUGAUCCUUCCGGACGGGUGCCCGUUUUCUCGGUGGGUGUCACCGGUGUGAGCGAAGAAGAGGCUCCCAAAGUCAAGGAAGCCAUUCAGCGAGUCUACCAGGAAUCUCAUUCCACUGGCUUCAACGACGAGAAAGUCCAGGGUUUCCUUCACCAGCUGGAACUCGCCUUGAGGCACAAGACGGCAAACUUCGGCAUCGGUGUCAUGGAAAAGACCUUGUCCUCCUGGUUCAAUGGCACCAACCCCAUGAAGGAACUCGCUUGGAACGAAGUCAUUGACGAGUUCAAGCGCAGAUACCAGCAGGGAGGCUACCUUGAGUCAUUGAUGCAAAAAUACUUGAUGAAUGACAACUAUCUCACCUUCACCAUGGUCGGAUCGCAUACUUUUAACAAGGACUUGGAUGCCCAAGAACUGGUGCGGAAAGAGAAGAAGCUUGCUCGGCUCGUUGAACAGCAUGGCUCGAUUGAAAAGGUCGUUUCUCAUCUCACUGCCGAGGAGCUUCAAUUGGUUGAAACGCAGGAGGCUGCCCACAAUGCCGAUUUGAGCUGCUUGCCUUCUCUUCGCGUUGAGGACAUUUCGCGCGAGAAAGAGCGCAAACCCGUUCGCGAAUCUCGUGUGGAUGACGUCGACGUUGUCUGGCGUGAAGCCCCGACCAACGGCCUGACUUACUUCCAAGCGUUGAAUUCAUUUGAAGACCUUCCGGACGACCUUCGAUUGCUGAUGCCCCUGUUUAACGACUGUGUCAUGAGAUUGGGUACUGCAAACAAGACCAUGGAGGAAUGGGAAGAUCUGAUCAAACUGAAAACUGGCGGGGUCUCGUCGUCUGCAUUCAAUGCCUCUUCCCCUACCGACCUCGGCAAGUUCACAGAAGGUCUUAACUUCUCCGGAUUUGCUCUCGACCAAAAUAUCCCGGAGAUGCUGGAAAUCCUCACUACUCUGAUCACAGCAACGGAUUUCACUAGCCCUUCUGCUCCUGCUAUGAUCCAGGAGCUGCUGCGAUUGACCACCAACGGUGCUCUCGAUGCCGUGGCCGGGACGGGCCAUCGUUUUGCCCUGAAUGCAGCGGCUGCGAGUCUUUCUCGGGGACUCUGGGUUCAAGAGCAACAGUCUGGUCUGGCGCAACUCCAGGCGACCGCUAACCUUCUGCGCGAUGCCGAGACUUCGCCCGAACGUCUCGCCGAGUUGAUCGAGAAACUACGCCUCAUUCAGUCGUUUGCUAUCUCGAAGACUCCUGGUCUCCGGGUUCGCAUGGUGUGUGAACAAGGAAGUGCCCACCAGAAUGAGUCCGCCUUGCAGAAAUGGUUCGCCGGGUUGCCCCAGACGUCUGCGCCCACCUCCGUGCCUGGAAACACAGUCUCCAACCAGGCUCUCACCAAGACAUUCUACGAUAUGCCUUACAAGGUUUACUAUUCUGGGUUGGCCAUGCAAACGGUGCCAUUUGUCCAUUCGUCGAGUGCGCCGCUCAGUGUUUUGUCCCAAUUGCUUACCCAUAACUACCUCCAUCCCGAGAUUCGGGAGAAGGGAGGUGCCUACGGUGCUGGCGCUAGCAACGGUCCCGUGAAGGGUAUGUUCGCUCUGACCAGCUACCGAGACCCCAACCCCCUCAACAGCUUGAAGGUGUUCCAGAACUGUGGCAUCUUUGCCAGAGAUCGCCCAUGGUCCGCUCGCGAGCUCAACGAAGCUAAGCUGGGCAUCUUCCAGGGUCUGGAUGCCCCGAUGAGUGUUGAUGAAGAGGGCGCCCGGUACUUCAUGAGCGGUGUCACCCAUGAGAUGGACCAACGCUGGAGAGAACAGGUGCUCGACGUCACGGCCAAGGAUGUUAACGAGGCAGCCCAAGCCUUCUUGGUCGACGGUUCUCGGCGAUCCGUUUGCAUGCUUGGCGAGAGAAAGGACUGGGCUGAUUCGGAAGGCUGGGAUGUCCGAAAGCUUUCCAUGAACCCUACUGGUGAAGAUCCUGCCGCUUCGGCUUAG